AUGAAUUUUGGAAGCCAAACACCCACCAUCGUGGUACUAAAAGAAGGAACGGACGCUUCUCAGGGUCGUGGCCAGAUUAUCUCCAAUAUCAACGCCUGCUUGGCUAUUCAGGAUUCUCUGAGGCCUACGCUAGGCCCAUUGGGUUCAGACAUUUUGAUCGUGUCAUCUAACGGAAGGACGACAAUUUCUAACGAUGGAGCUACAAUUUUAAAGCUUUUGGACGUGGUGCAUCCGGCUGCCAAAACUUUAGUGGACAUUUCAAGAGCACAAGACGCAGAGGUUGGUGACGGUACAACCAGUGUGACCAUUUUAGCUGGUGAAUUCAUGAAGGAGGCUAAACCGUUCCUAGAAGAAGGUAUUUCGUCGCACGUCAUCGUCAAAGGUUAUAGAAAGGCCGCCAGCUUGGCAGUCAACAAGAUCAACGAAUUGGCUUUGUCAGUUUCCAAUGACAAUGGUAACAACCGAGAGCUGCUAGAGCGCUGUGCCAGAACCGCAAUGUCCUCGAAGCUAAUCAGCAGCAACUCCGACUUUUUCGUGAAAAUGUGCGUGGAUGCUGUUCUUUCUUUAAACCAAGACGAAUUGGACGACAAACUCAUUGGAAUCAAAAAAAUUCCUGGUGGCGCCAUGGAGGAUUCGCUUUUCGUAAAUGGUGUCGCAUUUCAAAAGACCUUUUCUUACGCUGGUUUUGAACAACAACCCAAGAGAUUCGAGAAUCCUAAAGUACUGAGUCUCAACGUAGAACUGGAAUUGAAGGCUGAGAAGGACAAUGCCGAAGUACGGGUCGAACAUGUCGAGGAUUACAAUGCUGUCGUGGAUGCAGAAUGGCAAAUCAUAUUAGACAAAUUGCAACAAAUCGAAGAUUCCGGUGCCAACAUUGUCUUAUCUAAGCUACCAAUUGGUGAUCUAGCAACUCAAUACUUCGCCGACAGAAACAUUUUUUGUGCUGGUAGGGUUGCUGCCGAGGACCUGAACCGUGUGAUUUUGGCUGUGGGUGGUGCCAUUCAAUCUACAACUUCCGACAUAAAACCAGAACAUUUGGGUACUUGCGAUUUCUUCGAAGAAGUACAAGUGGGAUCUGAACGUUACAACAUUUUUAAAGGGUGUCCACAAGCGAAAACGUGCACCUUGCUGUUACGAGGAGGUGCCGAACAAGUCAUUGCAGAGGUCGAGAGAUCCUUACACGAUGCUAUAAUGGUGGUGAAACGUGCUAUCAAGAGCAAACUCGUUGUUGCAGGUGGUGGUGCUAUUGAGAUGGAAAUUUCUAAAUACUUGAGAGAUGAAUCGAAGAAGAUUCCAGGUAAGCAACAACUAAUAAUCAGCGCCUUUGCCAAGGCCCUUGAGAUUAUUCCUAGACAACUAUGUGAAAAUGCUGGUCUCGAUGCCACUGACAUCUUGAAUAGACUGAGAAUGGCCCAUAGUAGAGGUGAAAAAUGGUUCGGUGUCGAUUUUGAGGCCGAAAGUGUUGGUGACAAUUUUGCCAAGUUCGUAUGGGAACCAGCAAUGGUGAAGAUAAAUGCCUUGAGCAGUGCAACUGAGGCCACGAAUCUCAUUUUGUCGGUUGACGAAACCAUCAAAAAUAAAGAAAGCCAGCCUGCCAAUGCCGGUAUGAUGCCACCACAAGGCGGUGCCAGAGGCAGAGGAAUGCCAAUGCGUUAA